AUGUUUAAGUCAGCAUUCAAGUCAGCUUUACGUCCUGGAGUCUUUUCGAGAGGCUUGGCUACUGCUAGAACUACUAGAUCAACCACAUACACAAAGACUGCAGUUGGCGCUACCUUGGUUUUGUCUUCUCUCGUGUUCUUCCCAAUAGCUACCAUCAGCAAUGAUGCGAACAAAGAGAAGGUAAAGAAGGACCAGAAUGAAGCCGUAAAGUCCGCAGAAGAAAAGGUUGAGGCCGAAAAGAAGGAGCCAUCUACAUCAGCUGCUUCUGAAGAAAGUGAGACACAACCCGAAGAAGAAGAAGGAGGACAGAGUGCCGCUUACAACCCAGAAACUGGCGAAAUCAAUUGGGACUGUCCAUGUUUGGGAGGUAUGGCCCAUGGUCCAUGUGGUGAAGAGUUCAAGGCUGCAUUUUCUUGCUUUGUCUACUCUGAAACGGAACCUAAGGGUAUUGAUUGCAUCGAAAAGUUUGAGGCCAUGAGAACAUGCUUCAAGCAGCACCCAGAACACUACAAGGAAGAGUUGUAUGAAGACGACGAGCCAGUUCCAUCUACAGAUAACGAAAACGAAACUGCCGCCGGUAAAGCAUCCGAACCUAGAGAAAUCGACAUUAUCGAAGAAGUUGCUGAAGAAUUUGUGGACGACACUAUUGUGUACGAACAACCUUCUGAAGCUGACACUUCCAAGGAGGCAUAG